CCUUCAAACAGACCAGCAUGUAACGUUGUCCUUCAUAAUCUACUUAUUGAACCAUCUCCUCAAAAGCGGAAAAAAGAAAUAUCUAAGAAAAUGGAGUUAGAAUUAACAAGAAUUGAUUAUGGCACUGUUGGAACUACUUCACGAAAUUGUUUGAAGCUCCUACCAAACGCCUACAAAAAACAACAAAAGGUUGUGAUUGCUGAUGUGGAUGGGAAUGUACAACUGUUUACCAUUAAAAAAACUGAAGCCCAAAUAAUAUUUCAAGUAUAUGCCGGUAAAAAGGUAUCAUCCAUUCAAUUGGGUGGCGCUGUGGGAUCGAAUUUUGAUAAGAUUUUCGUUGCAACUGAAAAUAUUGUGAAGGGUUAUACGAAGAAAGGAAAGAUGUUUCUCUCAUUUGACACCAAUCUUACGGAGGCUAUAAAAUGCAUGUUUGUUCUUGGAGCUGAUUUGAUCGUCUGCGGAAACCACGUUUACAAUCACUACAGAGACUGUAAGGAUGUCGGAACUUAUCUCUGCGGCGAUACCAUAGUCGACGCUGUCGCUCUAUCCCCAAAUAAUACUAACCGGAUCAUCACCAUACUUGCUUGUUCCGGGCGUGUGCUCCGCGUUUUAGAACAUUGCCGAGUUCGGCAAACUAUAGAAUUGGAAAGCGUGCCCACAGCCCUUCAUGUAAGGAAAAACAUCCUCGGAGAUAAGAUUAUGUGCGGUUUUGCGGAUGGGAAAAUUAUAGCGUAUAACUUUGCGGGAUUCAUCGGUGAUGUCAAAGAUUCUGUGGUCAUUACGUCUGAAUAUGGGACUAGUGCAAUAACAUGUAUCGACACCUACGAUUUGACUGGAGAAGGCAAUGAAAAUUUAUUGAUUGGAAGACGGGAUGGCAGUGUUCAGGUUUUCUCUCUACCUGCCGAGGACGAAGUUGACUUGGAACCUAGAGAAAUAUAUAGAGAGUCUUUUACUGAAAGUAUCUCUGCAAUACAAGGAGGAUGUGUCUAUUCUAACGGAGCCACUGAGAUAGUGAUUGCAACUUACGCAGGCAGUGUAUUUGGAUUAACAACACAGAUCGUCAGCGUGAACUUGAGCGAUAGAGAACUUUUCAAAGAACUACUAGUGAAGAACGCAAGUAAGAAACAACCAGACGUUGAUAACCAAGUUGAAGGUACUUCAAUAAAUUUGGUAAAACCACGCGAAAGGUAUACUCUUACGACGCAAAUAAUUUCAACGUCAACCAACACUAUGUCAGCAGUACUGGAUGUAAACGAUUCUGUCUUAUUAGAUGCUCAAAAGGCCACUUAUAGUCUAACAAUAGAGAUGCCAGUACCAAUCUUAGAAAUCCUGUACCAAAGCGAGAUCAACAUUCAAUUUCUGGAUUUAGAGAACGAUAAUGCUGAACUUACAGAGAACCAGGUUGACUCAACGACCGGCUACCAACUUUCCAUCAGAGCAAAACUAAAGGACGAUACGAACCAAAUAACUGUGCAUUUUCAAACGGCAGAGGGCCAAUAUGGCAAUUUAGAGGCUUAUAUUAUGCCUAACGUCGAGCCAAACUGUGUAGAGCUGAAGACUUAUCUGAUACGGCCUUUAUCACUGCAUAUGAGGACUCAUUCAUUUGAUGCAUCCAGACCCUUUAAUGAACUUUCUCUGAAGGGACCAUUUUCAUGGGCUGAAGUGCAUAAUUGGAUGGAACAGAUGCUCCCAGAAGUUCCCGAGCGCCUUUCAGGAGGAGCUGACUCCAUGGAGUUAUAUUAUAAGAACGUUUUAAUUGGAACCAUUUUGGAGUGCAAAUAUGGAAAGGGCUGGGCCAGCUUUCGAAGUGACAAUUUGUCUACAAUAUCUAUUCUCAAGGAUUUCUUGACAAAGGAAGCAACAAAGAAACGAAUAAAGCUGGAAAUCACUUCGAAUAUUUCAGAAGCAUCUAUAAAUCAUGUUCUCAGACUAAUUGAGCCUGCAAUCCAGAAACACAUCAAAGUCAAAGAGGAACAUAAAUUUCUGCUUGCUUUACUAGAGGUGGAUAUACGAAGUGAGGAUGAUUGGAAUUGUCUUUUACCGAAAUACCAGUCAAUUUUGGAACGUCGAAGUGAAAUUGAAAAUGAUUUUAUCAAAACACCGGGAAUUUUGCAACGUUAUUUUGGUGUAAUCACUGAUUUUUAUAUUGAUCGUUUCAAGUUUAAGGGAAUGUUUGUCAAGGACAAAAUCCCGGAAUUAAUGAAAUUGUUAGAGGACUAUAAAAGGAUGGAACCGAUUAUUGAAUUUUUCCAAUCCUACACGGCAGAUGAAGUUAAUUCUACGACAGUUUAAAAUGGAUGGCAGCCGUGGGAAUUGUUUGUAAAUGUGGCAUGUUGUUCGCUAUUUAUUGAAUAAAAUAAUUCGAUUUAUUAGAAUAGUAA